CUAUAUAAUAUGGUCUCAUUCUGUUUAGAUUUUCAUCAUUUCAUUAUCUAAGAUCUCUCUAUCUCAGUAGACACAAACCCUUAACCUAACUUAUCCAUCUAAUCUCAGUACUUCCAUAGUCUGUUAUUAUCUUAACUGGCAACAUCAUUAUAUAUAGAAGAAAAAUCUGAACAACACACCACCAAAGGCAUAAGGAAUUCAAUACCAUUUAGAAGAUUUAGUUUUGGAUUAUCUUGAUUAUACAAUGGGAAGAUCUCCAAGUCGUGAUGAAAUUGGAUUGAAGAAGGGUCCAUGGAUACCUGAGGAAGAUCAAAAACUGACUGAUUAUAUACAUAAGAACGGUCAUGGAAGUUGGAGAGCUUUACCUAAACUUGCUGGGUUGAAUAGAUGUGGCAAAAGCUGUCGACUACGAUGGAGUAAUUAUCUUAGACCUGACAUUAAGAGAGGGAAAUUCUCUGACGAUGAAGAACAGCUUAUUAUCAGUCUUCAUUCGGUUCUCGGAAAUAAGUGGUCUCAAAUUGCAACACACCUUCCGGGAAGAACUGAUAACGAGAUCAAGAAUUACUGGAAUACUCAUCUAAAGAAGAAGCUGUUACAAAUGGGUAUUGAUCCGGUAACUCAUAGGCCAAGGACAGAUCUUAAUCUUCUUUCCAACUUACCAAAUUUACUCGCGGCAGCAAAUAUAUUCAAUCUAAUGAACCCAUGGGACAAUGUUUCAAGGUUACAAGCUGAUGCUCAAGCACAAGUAGCCAAAGUUCAACUGCUGAAUAAUCUCUUGCAAGUCAUAAGCAAUGGUGGAAGUUCAUCACUACAACCACCUAACAUGGAGUUACUAAAUCAUUUAAGAUCAGUUCCGAACCGAGAUAACAAUUACCUCAUCAAUCAAUACCUUGAACCGAAUUCUCAACUUCUUAAUACUCUUGGUUAUUCGUCAAAUCCUUCAUCUCAAACACCACCGCCUUACAGUAUCUGUACUUUAAUGCACCCAAACGUCCCUAAUGAUAAUGAGAAUGUAGCAACCGAAGAUGCUGAUUGUUAUCGUUUUGAACAAGGAUCAAGUUCAAGAAUGGAUAGUAACAACUACCUUAACGAUAGUAACAUGAAUGUUCAAGAUUACUUGAGUAGUCCAGAAUAUAUUCCUGCAUUGGUUUCGGCUUCACCGGAAAGAAACAUGAACAAUAUUAUCAAACCUGAAAUAAAUACUACAACAAAUUCAUCCACUUCAACCACCUUUGAAACAACAGCUUGGGGAGAAUUAAACAUGGAUGAUGAAGAAAAUAUUCUCAGUGAUUAUUGGACAGACUUAUUAGAAUGAACAACUUCUCCAUCUUGGCUAGUCGAUCUCGGAAUAUAACCACUACUCAUAUAUGCAUGUUGGAUUAAGUUAAUUACAGGAUUAAUUAAGAAUAAGUACAUUAAUUACUGUAUAAUUAAACAAAGUUAUAGUUGCUGUUGUUUACCAUCACCAUUUUUUGUUUUUUAUUUUACAUUUAAUAGUGUAUUUUAUUUAUGUAAUUUGUGUACUUAAUUAAGAUUGUAUUGAUUAA